UAAAGUGGAUUUGAGUUAUUACAGAAAUAAGGGAACUGUAGGGAAAAUAAUUUAACAUUUUUGAGAUGAAUAAUCAACAAAAUCCUGUGUAAUCACAGAAAAACAAAACCUGACCUAUAUAUUGCAGUGUCAUUACCUUGUGAUCUUCAUGCUGUAACAUCUCAGCAUUUCAAACAACACGUUGUAGCCGAGGGAAUUAUUUCAAAAUCUGCUUGCUGACUCUCGUCUCUUUUGCAGGAUGCAUCGCCUCGUCCUCCUCUGUGUGCUGGCGACCGCCUCGGUCACCUGGUCACAGCCUCAUCUGCCUCUGCUCUCCUCAAAGAUGGUCGACUUUAUCAACAAGGCCAACACCACCUGGACAGCCGGGCAGAACUUCCAUAAUAUUGAUAUCAGCUAUGUGAAGGGACUGUGUGGGACCAUACUGAACGGACCCAAGCUGCCAGAGGUGGUUCACAAUGUUGACGGCAUACAGCUUCCAGACAGCUUUGACCCGCGCCAGCAGUGGCCCAACUGUCCCACAAUCCAACAAAUCAGAGACCAGGGCUCAUGUGGAUCCUGUUGGGUGAGACUGACAAACAAACAAAGACAAAACAAGUACAGAAUAAAGAAGAUAUUUAAUGACAGGAGAAUGUGGAUGUGCUUUAAGGUGUUCAGUUUUGAGGGGAACCAAAAACCAACUACCUAUUCUCAAACCAGUGUUCCCUUUUUAAAUUUCUCCCAGGCCUUUGGGGCGGUCGAGGCGAUUUCUGACAGGUUAUGCAUCCACAGCAAUGGUAAGAUCUCUGUGGAGAUCUCAGCUGAAGAUCUACUGUCCUGCUGUGAUGAAUGUGGCAUGGGCUGUAAUGGUGGUUUUCCCUCCGCUGCCUGGGAGUUCUGGGCUAAGAGAGGGCUCGUGACAGGAGGCCUGUAUGACUCCAAAGUUGGCUGCAGGCCCUACACCAUCGCUCCCUGUGAGCAUCAUGUAAAUGGAACUCGUCCUCCAUGUCAGGGCGAAGGGGAGACUCCUAAGUGUGAGGAGCAGUGCAUCGAUGGAUACUCACCAUCCUAUCAGAAGGACAAACACUUCGGUAGACGCUCGUACAGCGUCCCGUCCCAGCAGGAGCAGAUCAUGACCGAGCUGUACAAGAACGGGCCUGUGGAGGCAGCUUUCUCUGUCUAUGAGGAUUUCCUGCUGUAUAAGACUGGUGUGUAUCAGCAUGUGACAGGAGAAAUGCUGGGUGGUCAUGCCAUUAAGAUCCUGGGCUGGGGAGAGGAGAAUGAGACGCCCUAUUGGCUGGUGGCAAACUCCUGGAACAGUGACUGGGGAGACAAAGGUUUCUCCAAGAUCAAGCGUGGAACUGACGAGUGUGGUAUUGAGUCAGAAGUGGUUACAGGAAUCCCACUCAACUAGAUCAAAUAAGUCCUGGCUGCAAUCAAGAGACUUUAAAACAAAGACCUUUAUUUUUGUAAAAAGUUUAACCAUUGCAUUUAAAUUUUUAUAGAUUUCAUGUAAUCAACUAAGAUUAAAUUGCACAACAUGGUGAAACAAGAACCUUUUUGCAUUGUUAUUGUUCUAAAUAAACCAUCAUGUU